AUGAUCAAGACCCCUAGUGACCAUCUGCUGCACUCCCUGGAGGGGCUGGUGCCCAACGACUUUGAGAGGUUCAAGUUUAAACUCCAGAACACCAGCCUGGAGAAGGAUCAAUCCCGGAUCCCCCGGGGCCAGCUCCAGAAAGCCAGGCCAGUGAGGCUGGCCACCCUGCUGAUCACCCACUAUGGGGAAGAGUGUGCCGUGCAGCUGACCCUGCAGGUCCUGAGGGCCAUCAACCAGAACUUCCUGGCAGAGGAGCUCCACAAGGCGACUGACCCAGAGUCUCUGAUACAAGAAAGUGGCGCAGACGGUUCAGCAGUGUCUUGUUCCUCCGGGGAGAAUAAGCCCAAAGGCCUGAGGAUACCAGAUGUCCUGGAAGGUGAUAGGCAGCGGCAAAGUGGUGACGGGGCCCCCAGUCUGCCAUCCAGCCAGCCUGAGGCUGGAAGGGGGACCCAGAAGAAGCCUCAGGGAAAACGGAGAGAUCAGAAGACCUCCGAAGGCCUGGAUAUGCUGGGCAAGCCAGGGGCUAGGAAUGCGACUCUGUCCUCCAGGAAAUGCCCAUGCCCUGGCAAGCUGCAGGGGGAAAGGGGGAUCGAUCCCAGUGUCAGGCUACGCAGGAAUGCCAGCUCUUUAGGAAGGCUCCAAGGACUGAACUAUGGGUCGCUUACUGGGUCCCUAGGAAGGACAAAAUCCAAAAUAAAUGAAGCACAUUUACCUUCUGGACAGAAGCGCCCCAGAAGUCUUGAAAUUAACAUUUUUUCAGGAGAGAGAGAAGUCCCCAAUCCAGAAACUCUUCUGUCUCAAGAGAAAAUGAGAAGUGACAAUCCAGACUCAGCGGCCACCCUCAGUGAAGUGGCCACUCUGAAUGUAGGGGCUAUUGUGACUCCAGAGAAAGGCUUUAGGAAUCCAGAACAUUCCAUGACAGGGAAGCCACGGGAUGAGGCUGUGUAUGUACUUGGCCGUGCCCAGGAAGGAGACCCGGUUGGUGGCACGCAUGUGCGCGAUUCCUGCAGACGCUCCGUGGCUUCUAGGGAUCCCAAGACCUCAGACAGCUGCUCAACUAGCUGGCUCCAGAGCCAGGCCCCACUCUUGGUAAAGAACUCAGGAGACUGCAAGCAGCAGGAGGGCUUGCACAUGACCAGCUUGAGCCCCAAGGCCCUGCCACAGUGUGAGCGACAUAUGAGGCAGGCCCAGUUGCUCUUCUGCGAGGACCACAGGGAGCCUAUCUGCCUCAUCUGCAGGCUGAGUCAAGAGCACCGAGGCCACCGGGUGCGCCCCAUCGAGGAGGCUGCCCUGGAAUAUAAGGAGCAAAUUCAAAAGCAGCUGGAGUAUCUGAAGGAGUUGAGAAAAUCUGGGGAGGAGCAGAGAUCUCAGGGGGAUAAGAAGACCGCGGACUUCCUGAAACAAAUCGAAACCCGGAAGCAGAGAAUCCGGCACCAGUUGAAGCAGCUGUACCAUUUUCUGGAAGAGCAAGAGAAGUUCUUCAUGGCCUCCCUAGAGGAGCUGGGCCAGACCAUUGGCCACGUCAGGGAGUCAUACAGCACCCGAGCGUCCAGAGACAUCGCCCUUCUCAAUGAGCUGAUUGGGGAGAUGGAGGUCAAACAGAGCCAGCCAGAAUGGGAGCUCAUGCAGGACAUCGGAGUCACCCUGCACAGGGCCAAGAUGGUGACUGUCCCUAAGCCAUGGGCCACUCCUCCAGACGUGGAAAAAAAGAUGCAUUUGUUCUACCAGAAAUCAGAGUUUGUGGAGAAGAGCAUGAAGUACUUCUCGGAAAUUCUGCAUUCAGAAAUGGACACCAUCAAUGUUCCAGAACUGAUUUACGCUCAGACGCAUGCCGUUAAUGUGAUUCUGGACACAGAAACUGCCCACCCCAAUCUCAUCUUCUCUAAUGACCUGAAAAGUGUGAGACUUGGAAACAAGUGGGAUCGUCUGCCUGACAGUCCAGAAAGAUUCGAUAGUUGCAUCAUUGCCCUAGGCCUUCCAAGCUUCCUCUCUGGCCGCCAUUAUUGGGAAGUGGAGGUAGGAAACAAGACAGGGUGGAUCCUGGGUAUCUGCAAGGCAUCCAUGAGCAGGAAGGGGAACAUGACUCUGUCACCUGACAAUGGCUAUUGGGUGGUGAUGAUGACAAAGCGAAGCGAAUUCCAGGUGUCCACCAUUCCUCCAACGCGCCUGCAGAUGACGGAACCCCCCAGACGUGUCGGCAUCUUCCUUGAUUACACCACCGGAGACAUUUCCUUUUACAAUGUAACAAACAAAUCCGUUAUCUACACAUUCACCAGCUUCUCUUGCUCUGGGCCCCUUCAGCCUAUCUUCAGCCCUGGAACACAUGAUGGAGGGAAGAACACGGAUCCUCUGAUCAUCUGUCCAGUGGGUGGCCAGGGGCCUCCCUGAAUGCCCAACACUUUGCAUCUCUCUUCUGGCUCCCAGCCUUGUAUCUUGAAUCCGUAUACUC